ACUUACUACGCUCCCCAGGGCUAGUAAACAAAAAAAUUUAACAAUGAGCUUGAGUACGAUUUCGAAAACAAUCGCCCGUUAAGCGUAGUAAAGAGUUUUCUUUCCGGAAGAUGCGUACAAAAACGUUGUUUGUGGUUGUAUUAGUUCUAAUGGGGUGUUUUUCUGAAUCAUUUUCAGCCAGAGGAGCUGGUGGUCGAAUGGGUAGUAAAAGGGGGCGCGGUCGAUUGUAUAAUUCUCGUAUGCCUGUUAUAAUUCAACAUAGAAAUCCCGCGGCUGUUAAUUAUUACGAAAAUAAAGAUGGUGCAAAAAUUGUUAAAGCCAGCCAUUUCGAAUUGGAUUACAUGUUGGGUAGGAAAAUAACAUUUUUUUGUAUGGCUACAGGUUUUCCAAGGCCGGAAAUAACAUGGUUUAAAGAUGGAAUUGAAUUAUAUGCUCAUAAAUUCUUUCAAGUUCAUGAAUGGCCAAUCGGAAACGACACGAUGAAAUCAAAGAUGGAAAUCGAUCCAACAACCCAAAAAGAUGCCGGUUAUUACGAAUGCCAAGCCAAUAAUAAAUAUGCAAUCGAUAUUCGAGGAUUUAGAACAGACUAUGUUAUGGUUACAUAUUAAUCUUUAAAAUAAAACAUAAAUUCUUUAAA